GCAGAAACAAGGAGGUCGCUCCCAAGGACUUGCAGAGGUAAAAUAACUCGCGUGCGACCUCGUCCAGCCGGAAAAUGUGGGUCAAAUGACCCACUCUCUCUCUCUUCAUCCCGCCUUUAACACCGCAAUUCAAUUCCAGCGUAAGGCCGGCCAUCUAAAGUCGGGCACUCUCGGGACAAAAUCUCUUUCUUUCUUGCCCUCAUUCACCAUCUCAGAGUAGGUCGGGAGAGCCGGGAGGCAUCGCGAGCAGCUAUACUCAGCUUUCUAGAAUUUUCAAUUCGUACCACGGAUACUACUGUAGUACUCGGACCCUCAAAUCAGGUCAUCAAUGGCAUUUCGCACGAACCUCUUAGUAUCGCACCAGGUGCUCAGGCGCCCGACGGCCGCCUCAUCGCUUUUGGCUACCGCUUUCCGUCGUGAACUCGCGAGUGCGGCCACUCAGAGGCGGGCAAGGCACCAGGAAGGAGAUAUCUCCGAUGUAUUCACGACGCUCGGUCCUCAGGGGGCCGCGCAGGUGCUUCCCCAGCGGUUCGCGGAGCUGAAGAGGGCGAUCUUGGAUGGUUUCGGAACGAGCACGGCCGCGCUGGAGGAGUCGUGGAGGCAGGUUUGCGGCGAGCUCGAGGUGCGCGCCGAGGAGAUAAAGAAGCUCGGAGGGGAGGCCAUCCCAAGAAUCGACUACACGGACGUAGAGAAGGGCUUGUCACAGGACCAGGUAAAGCAGGUCAAGGAAGCAGGUGUUGUUGUCGUAUCUGGUGCUGUUCCCUGCAAGGAAGCCCUAGAGUGGAAGCGGUCGAUCAGGGACUACGUCGCCGCGAACCCAUCCGUACGGGGAUACCCGCAGGAUAACAUUCAGGUGUACGAACUGUACAACACGCGGGCGCAAAUGCUCGCUCGCACGCACCCGGCUAUUCUGAAUACUCAGCGUGCACUUCUCGAAAUGUGGCACUCGUCUUCGCCCGAGGAUGCACCUUGCGACUUCUCGACGCCCGUGUCGUACUUUGACCGCGUGCGGAUACGUAACCCCGGCGACAAGUCAUUCACACUCGGCCCCCAUGUCGAUGGGGGCUCGAUAGAACGCUGGGAGGAUACACUGUACCGCCGCGUGUACGGCAACAUCCUGCGGGGCGGCGACUCGUGGAAGCGGUACGAUCCGUAUGAUGUGCGCUACAGACUGAAUGCCAAGCAUGAUCUAUACCAGACGCCAAACCAAUGCACCGCCCUCCGCUGCUGGCAAGGUUGGACGUCCCUCUCAACCACAACCGCGGGAGAAGGCACCCUGCGCGUGCUGCCCAUGCUCUCGCUGUCUACUGCUUACAUCAUCCUCCGCCCUUUCUUUCGUCCACGCGUGAGCCUCAUGAGCCUGCGCGGCGCGUCGAGCCUCUCGCACGAGGCAUGGGAAGUCGACCUUGAGACGCCGAGCUUCCCCGGCAGCCCGAUACGCAAGGGCCAAGAGCUCAACGAGGUGACGCACCCGCAUCUCGGGCUCGAGAACACCAUGAUAUCGGUACCAAGGAUUGACCCAGGCGACCAGGUCUACUGGCACUGUGAUACGGUGCAUGCUGUUGAGAGCGUACACGGUGGGUCCGGCGACUCGUCAGUGAUGUACAUUCCUGCUGCACCUUUGUGUAUCAAAAACGCUCAUUAUCUCCGAGAUCAACGGGAGACCUUCACGCACGGAUACCCCGCACCCGACUUCCCUGGAGGCGAAGGCGAGUCCAAAUUCGUUAACCGCUACCUCCCUAGACAUAUCACAACAAGCGAGGCGCGCCAAGCGCUCGGGUUCGAGCCGUUUACCUCGACCGUCAAUACUGCAUUGACGGACGAGGCGAACAAGGUUCUCUUCGGAUAAGCUUAUUAUGAGAAAGCUAGUAUAAGGUUUCAUUUAUCACCGUGUAUGUAUGUAUGUUCUUAAGAGGCUUCUGAAGGCGGCUCGAGCCACCAGCUUCUUGUUACCAUUAUUAUGUUUUACCACCGGAAUUUAUAGCGAAGUUAGGAU